UUCAGACCAGGCCCCCCCACCCGACCCCUCUUCGUCUUUCCUUUCCCAAUCCUCGCGGCGUGUCCUCUAAACCCUAGCGCGCCGGAAGGGGAAAGCUCCGGAAGCCAUGGCGGUGGCGGCGCCGGGGCAGCUCAACCUCGAAGAGUACCCCUCGUGGGGCUCGCGCGGCGUCGACUGCUUCGAGAAGCUCGAGCAGAUCGGCGAGGGAACAUACGGGCAAGUGUUCAUGGCGAAGGAUACGGAGACGAAGGAGAUCGUCGCGCUCAAGAAGAUCCGCAUGGACAACGAGCGCGAGGGCUUCCCUAUCACGGCCAUCCGCGAGAUCAAAAUCCUCAAGAAGCUGCACCACCAGAACGUCAUCCAUCUCAAGGAGAUCGUCACAUCCCCAGGGCCGGAAAGGGACGAGCAGGGGAAGCAAGUCGAUGGCAACAAGUACAAAGGGAGCAUUUACAUGGUCUUUGAGUACAUGGACCAUGACUUGACUGGUUUGGCUGAUAAGCCUGGGAUGCGGUUCACCAUUCCACAGAUCAAGUGCUACAUGAAGCAGCUCCUCACAGGCCUUCACUAUUGCCACGUCAAUCAAGUCCUGCAUCGUGAUAUUAAAGGAUCUAACCUCUUGAUAGACAAUGAGGGUAACUUGAAGUUGGCUGAUUUUGGACUAGCAAGAUCAUUUUCGAGUGAUCAUAACGGGAACCUAACUAACCGGGUGAUCACUCUGUGGUACAGACCUCCAGAGUUGUUGCUAGGAAGCACAAAAUAUGGUCCAGCGGUGGACAUGUGGUCGGUGGGUUGUAUUUUUGCGGAGCUUCUGAAUGGAAAGCCAAUACUGCCUGGAAAGAACGAGCCAGACCAGCUGACCAAAAUAUUUGAGCUUUGUGGUACCCCUGAUGAAAUUAAUUGGCCGGGUGCGACAAAAAUGCCAUGGUAUAAUAAUUUGAAGCCUCCUCGCCAAGUGAAGAGGCAUGUUAAGGAUGCUUUUAAACAUUUUGAUCAUUAUGCCCUGGAGCUUCUGGAGAGGAUGUUGACACUGGACCCUGCAAAGAGGGUAUCUGCGAAAGAAGCGCUUGAUGCUGAAUAUUUUUGGGCUGAUCCCCUACCAUGUGAUCCCAAAAGCUUGCCAAAGUACGAGGCAUCACAUGAAUACCAGACGAAGAAAAGACGUCAACAGCAGCGGCAAGCAGAUGAUGCUGCUGCAAAGCGGCAAAAAACGCAGCAUCCGCAGCCUCAUACCCGCUUGCCCCCAAUCCAGCAAUCAGGCCAACUGCAUCCUCAAAUCAGGCCAGGCCAGCCUACGAACAAUCCACAUCCACCAAUGGCAUCUGGGUCAAAUCAUCACUAUGGAAAGCCACGGGGGCCAGGAGGGCCUAACAGGUACCCACAAGGCGGGAACCAAGGUGGUGGAGGGUAUCCAAACCGUGGAGGGCAAGGUGGUGGCUAUGGUAGUGGCCCUUACACUCAACAAGGUCGAGGGCCGCCUCCAUACCCUGGUGGUGCGAUGGGUGGGACAGGUGGUCCAAGGGGCAGCGGCGGCAACAGUGGCUAUGGUGCAGGUGCCCCAAAUUUUCCACAACCUGGUCCUUAUGGUCCUCCUGGUGGCCCAGGCCGGGGGCCCAAUUACCCCCCACAAGCUGGUUCUCGAAACCAGCAGCAGCCGUAUGGAGGAGGAAACUGGCAAUAGUAUGUACCAUCUCAUCAACAUGUAAUGUAGGUUUAUUUUACCCUAGAAAGCCUUAUGUCAUGUAGGAAUUAGUCACGAAAAUUUGAAAACUAAUGUUGUAUUUUGAGUUUAAUUUAAUCUGCCUGAUGUACCCUUUGCUGGGAUUUGGAAUCUAAAAGAUACAGUACAUUACAGUAA